CCGGGCGUCGGCAGGAAGGGAGGUUGCGGCGGCGGCGGCCGGCGGGGUGCGACCCCCGCGCGGGUCUCAACAAUGGUGCACGACGCUCGGGAGAUCCCCGCGUCCGCCCCGCGGCCGUAGAGGAAGCGGCCGGGAGACGCCCCCCGCCCCCAGCUCGCCGGAGUUUGCACGGCUGGCCUCGCGGGCUGGGGCUCCCGCUCGCCAGCGCCCAGGGCGGCUCAGCCCGGAGCGUGGUGCCGGCGCCCGGCUCGCUGGGAUCGCUCCUCUCCCUCCUCCUCUCGCUCCUCCCGACGCUCCCGUCCCUCCUGCGGGUGCUGCCUCUAGCUUCUCUACGAGAGGGAGAGGGAGUGCAACUCUCUGCUUCUCCACGGAGACUGGCCGGUGACCACCCGACAAGAACCUGCCCAUUGAAAGCAAGCCCGGAACUGCCGGAGAAUGUCCACCCCGAGCAGAUUCAAGAAGGACAAAGAGAUCAUAGCCGAGUAUGAAAGUCAAGUCAAAGAAAUCCGAGCCCAGCUGGUAGAGCAACAAAAAUGCCUGGAACAGCAGACGGAGAUGCGAGUUCAGCUGCUCCAGGACCUACAAGAUUUCUUCCGGAAAAAAGCUGAAAUUGAGACAGAAUAUUCUCGGAGCCUGGAGAAGCUGGCAGAAAGAUUCAUGGCCAAAACAAGAAGCACUAAGGACCACCAACAGUUCAAGAAAGACCAGAACCUGUUGUCUCCAGUGAACUGCUGGUAUUUGCUCCUGAACCAAGUGAGGAGAGAGAGCAAAGACCACGCCACCUUGAGUGACAUCUAUCUGAACAAUGUCAUUAUGCGAUUCAUGCAGAUAAGCGAGGAUUCCACGCGGAUGUUUAAAAAGAGCAAAGAGAUUGCGUUCCAGCUUCAUGAGGACCUAAUGAAGGUUCUUAACGAGCUGUACACGGUGAUGAAAACCUACCACAUGUACCACUCAGAGAGUGUCAGCGCAGAGAGCAAGCUGAAAGAGGCCGAAAAACAAGAAGAGAAGCAGAUUGGGAGAUCCGGCGACCCGGUCUUCCACAUUAGGCUGGAAGAGAGGCAUCAGCGGCGGAGCUCUGUGAAAAAAAUUGAAAAAAUGAAGGAAAAGAGACAAGCAAAAUAUUCAGAAAAUAAGCUGAAAUCAAUCAAAGCACGCAAUGAGUAUCUCCUAACACUUGAAGCAACCAACGCCUCCGUGUUCAAAUAUUACAUCCAUGAUCUUUCAGACUUAAUCGAUUGCUGUGAUCUUGGCUACCAUGCAAGUCUGAACAGAGCCCUCAGAACGUACCUCUCUGCAGAGUACAACCUUGAAACCUCCAGACAUGAAGGCUUAGACAUCAUUGAAAAUGCUGUGGACAAUUUAGAGCCAAGAAGUGACAAGCAGAGGUUCAUGGAGAUGUACCCUGCAGCAUUCUGCCCACCAAUGAAAUUCGAGUUUCAGUCUCACAUGGGCGAUGAGGUGUGUCAGGUCAGCGCCCAGCAGCCCGUCCAGGCAGAGCUCAUGCUGAGGAACCAACAGCUGCAGUCCCGACUGGCCACACUCAAGAUUGAGAGCGAGGAGGUCAAGAAAACGACAGAAGCCACCCUCCAGACGAUCCAAGAUAUGGUCACCAUUGAGGACUAUGAUGUGUCUGAGUGCUUCCAGCACAGCCGAUCCACAGAGUCUGUGAAGUCCACUGUGUCUGAAACCUACCUGAGUAAACCUAGCAUCGCCAAGAGACGAGCUAACCAGCAAGAAACUGAGCAGUUCUACUUCAUGAAACUUCGAGAGUUCCUGGAAGGCAGUAAUCUUAUCACAAAGCUUCAAGCUAAGCAUGACUUGCUGCAGAGGACUCUUGGAGAAGGUCAUAGAGCCGAAUAUAUGACUACAAGGCCUCCAAACGUUCCCCCUAAGCCCCAGAAACACAGGAAGUCCAGGCCCCGCUCCCAGUAUAAUGCUAAGUUGUUUAAUGGGGAUUUGGAGACAUUCGUCAAGGACUCAGGCCAGGUUAUCCCUCUCAUUGUGGAAAGCUGCAUCCGAUUCAUUAAUCUCUAUGGUCUUCAGCAUCAGGGGAUUUUCAGAGUGUCUGGUUCCCAGGUGGAAGUGAACGAUAUCAAGAAUUCUUUUGAGAGAGGUGAGAACCCUCUGGCUGAUGACCAGAGCAACCACGACAUUAACUCUGUGGCCGGCGUUUUGAAGCUGUAUUUCCGAGGGCUGGAAAACCCCCUCUUUCCUAAGGAAAGGUUUAAUGACCUGAUUUCCUGUAUUAGAAUAGAUAACCUCUAUGAGAGGGCGCUCCACAUCCGCAAACUCCUCCUGACCUUGCCCAGGUCGGUCCUUAUAGUGAUGAGGUACCUGUUCGCUUUCCUCAAUCACCUCUCCCAGUACAGUGACGAGAACAUGAUGGACCCUUACAAUCUGGCCAUUUGCUUCGGCCCAACACUGAUGCCGGUUCCAGAAAUACAGGACCAAGUGUCUUGCCAGGCACAUGUGAACGAAAUUGUGAAGACCAUCAUCAUCCAUCACGAGACUAUUUUCCCAGAUGCUAAAGAACUGGAUGGCCCCGUGUAUGAAAAAUGUAUGGCCGGAGGUGACUACUGUGAUAGCCCAUACAGUGAGCAUGGUACAUUGGAGGAGGUGGACCAAGACGCCGGCACAGAGCCCCACACCAGUGAAGAUGAGUGUGAGCCCAUUGAAGCUAUAGCCAAGUUUGACUAUGUCGGGCGGUCAGCUAGAGAGCUGUCCUUCAAGAAGGGUGCAUCCCUGCUGCUGUAUCACCGAGCCUCUGAGGACUGGUGGGAAGGCAGACACAACGGGAUCGAUGGGCUUGUGCCUCAUCAGUACAUAGUCGUGCAAGAUAUGGAUGAUACAUUUUCAGAUACGCUGAGCCAAAAAGCCGACAGCGAAGCCAGCAGCGGGCCAGUCACUGAAGACAAGUCCUCAUCCAAGGACAUGAACUCCCCAACUGACCGACAUUCUGAUAGCUAUUUAGCCAGACAAAGAAAGAGAGGAGAGCCACCCCCUCCGGGAAGACGUCCUGGCAGGACCAGUGAUGGCCAUUGUCCCCUGCAUCCCCCGCAUGCUCUGUCUAACUCCUCAAUUGAUCUGGGAUCCCCAAACCUAGCCAGUCACCCCAGGGGCCUGUUGCAGAACCGUGCCCUCAAUAAUGACAGUCCUGAGAGGCGGCGCAGGCCAGGCCAUGGCAGCCUGACCAACAUCAGCCGGCAUGAGUCCCUCAAGAAGAUGGACAGCCCUCCUAUCCGGAGGUCCACAUCAUCAGGGCAGUACACCGGCUUCAAUGACCACAAGCCACUGGACCCUGAGACAAUUGCUCAGGAUAUUGAAGAGACCAUGAACACUGCUUUGAAUGAACUCCGUGAGCUAGAGAGGCAGAGCACGGUUAAGCACACCCCCGAUGUCGUGCUAGACACCUUGGAGCAAGUGAAAAACUCGCCAAUCCCUGCAACUUCCACAGAAUCGCUCAGCCCGCUGCACAACGUCACCCUCAGGGGCUCAGAGCCUCAGAUUCGCAGGAGCACCAGCUCCUCCAGUGAUACAAUGAGUACUUUCAAGCCUAUGGUGGCACCCAGGAUGGGCGUCCAGCUGAAGCCCCCAGCCCUUAGGCCAAAGCCCGCUGUUCUUCCAAAAACAAAUCCUACUGUAGGACCUGCCGCACCUUCCCAGGGUCCCACAGACAAGUCUUGCACGAUGUAAAAGUAGAGGUCAUGAGGGGGGAGGGGGGGCUCUGACGGUGAACAUGAAUUAAGAGGCAAGAAUUGGUGAUCCACAACCUUCUUCAGUCUUGCGCUUAUAACUGGAUCUCCUUUGGCUUUUCUAUAUUGUGUCGAAUGUAAUGAUGUCUGGGGAUAGCUAAAUAAGACGGGCAUUUGUAUUUUGUAAUUUUUUUUAAUAACUGGACAUAUGUCAUUUUAAAGACAAUAGAAACACUUAGACGUACUUGAAAAAUCCAAUGCUGCACCCUUGUAAUGAAGGCAACACCUCACCCAACACAGCACAUGGCUUCAGACUUAGUGUAGCCCAGGUGAGUGUCCCGGAAGCAAGAGAAACUGAAUCCAGGUCGUACUGGAGUGUCAUCACCUGCCGUGAUCUGUGACACUUGUGGGGAGAACACUCAAUGCCUAGUAACUGACAACAAGCACCUCUAACCCUGUCCAGAGUGGCAACCCAAACCUGAUGAAGGUCACAGAGGGAGGCUCCCGUGGGACCUUCAGUUCAUGGCUUGAAGGAGUUCAAUGAUGGACCCUCCCAUAAAAGUCAUCUCCCUGGAUCCAGGUUAAAGACUCUGUGGAAGGGUGUAGAAGACACUCAGAUGUUGCUUGAACAGAGCCUGGAAAAGGCAGUAAGGGAAACCUUCUCGAAGGCUGUUGACAUUGCUCCCUCAAAGAAUUCAAACAGGCCCCAGAGAAGUCCAAGUCCAUCCCCUACACUUAAAAAGGACUAGAGGAGCCAGAUGGAAAGGACUUUCUGGUUACACCACAAACCUCUGCAGAUGUGUUCAAUAACUGCCUGAGAAAUAUGUCUGCCUUCCCCUAAACCCCACGAUGGCAAUGGAUACAACCAAACAGGAAAUUAAUCCUUGGUCCACUGAUGUUGUGACUAAAUUACCUUGGUUCCUUUAUGCCACAAAGGCUCAUGGUCCCUAAUUGGAAGCCCCAGCUCUGCUAGCCACAGCUCUGAGCCAAGCCACAACUGGCUAUGGUACUGAUCGAGAGCCAUGUGAGGCCACCACGGGAAGAUGACCUUGUGGUACCAGGAUGGUGCCUUCCCAGUUUCGUACCUCAGAACCAUGACUUCUGUUCUCCUCCUGUUUGUGUUUGCUUUUUGGAGUUUGCAUUAUGAUCUCUACAGAACUCCUGUAGUCUGAUGGGCUCAAUUGGGGACCUCUUUCCCUGGUAUUUUAGCAUAUAGCCAUUUUUCUUUUUCAUAUAUACUAUAUUUUUCCUCUAUCUUAAAAAAAAAUAUGGUAGAUUUGUGUUUGUUUGGUUCUGGGGACUGACAGGGACCGCUUGCAUGCUAAGUAUACACUACCACUGAGCUGUAUAUCCCAGUCCUCACCCCCAAGAUCAUUCUGGACACAACUGUUUUCACUAAGGUACAAAUCACAAUUUUCCUAGCUGUAGCAGCUGACAUCUACAUUAGUACCAAACUUUCUGAUAAAGCAAACUGAAGGCUCAAAGCAAACCCCUUAGGACCCACCCACCCACCACUAAUUACCGUCUAGGUCUAAUUUCAAACUGGCAGCCUUUUCCUUGCCCACCUAAGAGUAGCACAGCACUGACAACAACUCCUGCAGAAACCAACCAAGACCUGCGCUAAAGUCAAGAUCGUAACCAAUGGCUACCUCAGUUUGCCAGUCUAGUCAUUCCACUAGUAUUGAUGAAAUAUUCCCUUCCUAAGUCACUCUCCUCAUUUCCCAAAUGUACUGAAGACAUACUCCCUAUCCCCAGGUACUUCAGGUAUGGUAGGUAAGGUUUUAAACCUCGAAUUUUACAGAACCAUUCUUUCUGACCAUUUUUAAAAAGAAACCACAGAGAUCCAGCCAGGACUGCCCUUUGACUAGUACUGACUGCUGGUCUCCUUGGAAGUUUAUUGUCUCCUAAAUGAGCCCACCACUUAUUUAGAAAACAAUAAUAAUUCUUAGAACCAUUUUUCCAUUCCUUGAUGGACAACACCAACAGAAGGCAGGAGAAACCUGGCUGCCUUUUGUGUUCGUUUUUAAAUGCUUUUUUAGGCUUUAAUUUUAGAUUUUCAGAUCUUACUUCCUUAGACAGCAUCCAGGCAAUCUUCUCCAUCCACCCCACCCCCACUGCCAUCUCUGAGUGCCAGGCCUUCUGUGCUCCAUCUAUGCCUUUCUACCCUCUGGGUCAGGACUCUGCUGACUUGAAUAACAGAAGCCAUGCUUUUAUACACUGCUGGGGCCUCUUCCUCUAGGAAAUAGCUCCCAGUUGACUCCAUCUCUCCUUUAUCUUCUCUGUCUUCUCUCCUGUACCUGUUACCAUUUCCAGGCUUACUUUUCUCACAAACUGAAAACAGAGAGUGUAGAUGGUCGCCACAUAAGCACUCACCAGUCAUUUCUUUCUUUAGAGAUGGCUCAACAGACCUAUGUUUUCCCCUUCGACUUUAGCACCCAUUGAGCCAUGCACAGAAUAGUUUAAAGUAAGGUAUCCCCCUUCACAGAGGACCCUAAAAGCUGCAGCUGCUGAGGAGGUCACCUUGCAGGGCCUGGUUUAAACCACAGAUGUAGCCCAGCAGGAAGGUACAAGGAAAGGAAGGAAAUGAACCCCAAGGUGCUCUCUCUUCUCCCCCAUUUCUAAGUCUCACAGUCCAUAUGCACUUUAGGGAUGGGAGUAUUUGACAAGCAGAUGACAGUGCACAGCGAUACCUGACUCCACAUGCACUAAAGAUUCAUAGCUAAUAGAACCACGAGUUUUCAUCCCAUCCAUACAACCAUGAUGGAGAUUUGCAAAACCCUGUUGUGUGAGUUGGUUUGAGGAAUGGGUUGCUAGAAACAUGCUGCACAUUCUCUGAGGAGUGUCACAUAAGAUUCCAAACUGCUGAGGGCACCGUGUAAAGCUUGAGUUCUUGUCACAUGCCACACAAUUGUUCAACAGUUUUCCUUACAUUCACACAACAUAAUCUGACACUGGUGUCCCACGAGCCAGCCACAGAACAAUUCAUAGUGAGGUCCCACUCAUUCAACUACCAUAGUCAUGAGUAAAUACCAAUGGAUAAAGAGCUCCCAAGGGUCAGAUGGUCUCUCUUGAGUUUUCUGUCUCUGCAUUUACCAUUCUCCAAGUGGCUCUAUUAUUUAACUAAAAAGCUGGGUUAGUGGUAGUUGUCUUAGCAUUUCGGAUUGCUCAGCCUCUAUGUCUACAUGCUGAAGGAGCUGUGAUUUAGCAUCUGAAAUCCAACAGGAGGUCAUGAGUCCAUUGAGAGUCUGGGUUGAUAUUUUUUCCUGGCCACAGUAGAAAAGACCAUAAAUGCAGGAACUGCAUUUGGGGUGCCAUCUCUGGUAUCCACCACUGAGAGCCUGGAAGUGCAAAUAGAACCCCCUACUUGAGAUUGACCCCUGAGCUGAGAGUUCCCCUCAAGCUCCAGCGGGCUGGAGCCUCAGGCUUGCAGCAGAUGACUUUGGCACAGACUGUAAAGCCAGAGACUGAGCUCGUCCUAGUAUACUUUAUUUAAAUAAAUUUUAAAAAGUCUCAGUGGUAUAAUCAAAAUGGGUAACUGUAUCUUUAAAUUACAUAGGAAAUUUUGUAUGUUUAAAUACCCGUUCCGGGUUCCAUAUGCUUACCUUAGAAACUAGUAAAGGAAAACUAUAUAAACCGUGCAUUCGUGGAUGCCCCUCCGUAGAGCGUUCACCUAGGUUCCGUGUGUAGUAUGAUGGUGAUUGUAGAUAUUGAAAACGUAGUAGGUGGCCAUGUCGCAGGAGAGAUUGCUCUGUCCCUGCAUUCUGAACGAUAACUCCUGCCCACAUAACUAAACCAGUAUUGUCCUUCCCUGUCGGUUUGGUCAGUUGCAGUACCGGUAGCUUUCUGCUUGUGAUGGUUACCGAAGUGUGUCAAUGUACAUCUGUAGUAUGUACAUGUGAAAGUGCCUUCCUAUCUUAGCAUUUAGCCUAGCUCUUGGACUGUUGCCCACUAGGUCCCGCCCACUUCCUUCAUUUCCUGCCACCCACCACAGUGUUCUGAAACCCCCUCUGCCUGUUCCCAGCCUCUCCCCACCCCCAUCACCCUCCUGUACCUCUGUCAUGUGCAUCUCGCAUCCAUGUGGAUUAUCGCACUGUCUUGUUGCCCUCCUAGACGUGACUGUGCCUUUCUCACCCCGCAGUGACUCCCUGCCAUCUGAUCCAACCUUCCUACCAUGCCCCACCCACACUGCCACUGUCAUACUGUCCCCUUGCUCUCUCUAUACCAGCUCUCCUUCACAUGCCCCUCGUCUCUGAGGUGAGGAGAAAAGGGAUGCUUUUACAGUCCUGGAAGAAAAGAAGAGGUUUUGUUAAUUUGUCGUGACGAUGCACUUUUCUGUCUAGUACAGUACAUUUUUGGCAUGUACCAUUACAGGCUUCAGUAUACGGUCGGGUUUGUUCUUCAAGAUGUAGCUUUAUAAUAAAUAUGAUAGUUCUGGA